AUGAUGGACAACCACUCUAAUGCCACUGAAUUCCACCUUCUAGGCUUCCCUGGGUCCCAAGGACUACACCACAUUCUUUUUGCUAUAUUCUUUUUCUUCUAUUUAGUGACAUUAAUGGGAAACACGGUCAUCAUCGUGAUUGUCUGUGUGGAUAAACGUCUGCAGUCCCCUGUGUAUUUCUUCCUCAACCACCUCUCUGCCCUGGAGAUCCUGGUCACAGCCAUAAUUGUCCUGAUGCUUUGGGGAUUACUGCUUCCUGGGAUGCAGACAGUAUCUUUCUCUACAUGUAUUACUCAACUUUCUGUAGUGACCACGGAGUUUGCAUUACUUGGAGUGAUGGCUGUGCACUGUUAUGUGGCUGUGUGUAACCCUUUGAAGUACAACAUCAUUAUGAACAGCAGUACCUGUAUUUGUGUAAUAGUGUCAUGGGUGUUUGGAUUUCUUUCUGAAAUCUGGCCGGUCUAUGCCACAUUUCAGUUUACCUUGCACAAAUCAAAUUCAUUAGACCAUUUUUACUGUGACCAAGGGCAACUUCUCAAACUGUCCUGUGAUAACUCUCUUUUCACAGAGUUUAUCCUUUUCUUAAUGGCUGUUUUUAUUCUCAUUGGUUCUUUGAGACCUACGAUUGUCUCCUACACCUACAUUAUCUCCACCAUCCUCAAGAUCCCGUCAGCCUCUGGCCAGAGGAAAGCCUUCUCCACUUGUGCCUCCCACUUCACCUGUGUUGUGAUCGGCUAUGGCAGCUGCUUGUUUCUCUACAUGAAACCCAAGCAAACACAGGGAGUCAAGUACAAUAAGAUAGUUUCCCUGUUGAAAGCUGAAACUGGAUCCCUGUUGGUUUCUGUGUUAACCCCCUUCCAGAAUCCUUUCAUCUUUACUCUCCGGAAUGACAAAGUCAAAGAGGCCCUCCGAGAUGGAAUGAAACACUGCUGUCAACUCAAAGAUUAG